GAACACACACGCAAAAAAAAAUAUUGUGAGACGCGGAGACAAAAUUGUUUUGUUUGUUGUGUGUUGUGUGUUGUUUUAAAUGGAAAUGCAUUUUUUACUUAUGGAAAAAUUUGCGUGUAAUUCUCCCUAGUCGAAUCUAUGUGCCGAACGAGCGAGCGAGCGAGAUAGAGUGAGAAAUCACAAUCGAAUGUCAAUGCAUGUGCAGAUUUUAUUGCCGUUGUAUAUUGCACGCGUAACGAAUACAUUUUAAAGGCCGUCUGUAUUCAGGAUAGUUUUUUUACCAUCAUCCACGUUAAAAUAUUUAUGGUUUUGAUGCAAGGAGUCCAGUGUGUACGGCAAAGAUUUUUUUUUAACUAUGCCCUAUACUCAAUUGUAAAUUCAUCCGUUUAAAUUUAUCGAGCCGGCACAAAACCAAAAAAUCCUAUAUUGACAUUGGUCUUUCUGCCUCUCUCUCUCUCUCUCUCUCUCACACACACACAUACACAGAUAAUAAUUUAUAGGGUUUUGAACUUUGAAAGCUAGGUUUUACCCAUCAAAAAUCAGUGUUAACAACAACAACAAGCGGCCAUGGCUUCAUCCGAAGAUGCAUGGUUAAAAUUCUUUGAACAUGCUGGUGUAUUAGGUGAUGUGGCAGCGAAAUAUGCUCGCAGUUUCCAUGAACAUCGAAUGACUAUGGAUAUGUUAACGGAAUUAAAUGACAUGGGCAUUACAUGUCUAACUUACAUGGGCAUUACAUCAAUGGGCGACAUCAUUUUAAUUUUACGACAUGCACAAAAUGUGAACAAGCAGAAUAAUCCUUUGGAGGAAUUGGCAUCAUCAAAACAAGACCGAACCGCAUACCGCCUACUAUCUCAAGAUCACAACGAAGAAUUUGACGAUCAGUCAACUCCACCAGAGUAUAAGAUGUCAAUUGGAAAUUUUGUAUGGAGCUUGUUAGGUCUAAUUCUUUUUUAUAUUGUUAUUUACUGGUUUUCGGGUCUUAUUUUUCAUGAUUGUGACACAUUAAACGAUUUUAUAGGUUGUUUUAAUAACUAUGUAGAUUGUAGAAUUCAUUGCAUGUAAUAUCGCGUAUUUUAUAUACAUGAAUGGU